CGAGAGCCGCUAGCCGCUUGUAAGCCGGUAGCCGGUAGCCCCAUCACCCCUAAGGAAACAUCCGGUUCAAAUCGGAACGCCGUCGCUUUGAAAACCUGUCAGCUCCUACUUAAACCCGUUCAACUCUUACUCCUCUGUCUCUCUCUCCAACUUCUCUUAGCAUUCAAGUUCCUGAUUUGGGGACUGUGAGAAUUAGGGCUUCCAUUAUUUUAAGGUUUAAAGUUUCUUAACUUGUUAUGUCAAGGUUUUGAGGAGCUAUGCUCAUUUAUCCUGAUUUUGCCUAACAAGGAUGCCAGGCAUACCUUUAGUGGCUCGUGAAACCACGAAUUCUCUUUGCAAUUGCAGUUGUUCUAGAGGGCCAGAUCAGAUGUGUCGCCAAGAUUCUCGUCUGAAUUUGUCUGCUGAGGAGGAAAUUGCAGCUGAAGAAAGCCUUUCAAUUUAUUGCAAACCUGUAGAACUAUACAACAUCCUUCAGCGACGUGCAAUUAUAGAUCCUUCAUUUCUUCAGAGAUGCUUACGAUACAAAGUACAAGCAAAGCAUAAAAGAAGGAUACAAAUGACAGUCUCGCUGCCAGCUACUGUAAAUGAUGGUUUUCAAAUUCAAAGCCUGUUUCCUUUGUGCAUAAUGUUAGGAAAACCUGCUUCUAGUGCCGAAUUCACUGAGGGUUGUGCUUCUUAUAAUUUCAAUCGGUCCUGCAUAUUGACCUCUUUUCAUGGAGAUGAAGGAGUAAAUCAUGCUCAAGCAAAUUUUAUUCUCCCUGAGAUCAAUAAGCUAUCAGCAGAGAUAAAAUCUGGCUCUCUUGCUAUCUUGUUCAUCAGCCGUGUGGAGUUCACUAGAGAUCGCAUGGAUGUUUCCUCAUUUUCAUCAAAUGCUGGAGGGCACUGCUUGUUGGGCAAGAUACCAAUGGAGUUAAUUCACUUGUCCUGGGAGAAGUCUCCAAACUUGAGUUUAGGCGAGAGAGCUGAGAUGCUAUCUACUGUUGACAUGCACCCUUGUUUUAUGACGGUUCCCCUUUGCUGCCUCCAAGGUGAGAACAUGUUUAAUCCUUUGUCAAGCUGUUUGGAAGAGGAUAGAUGUGUUUCAUUUCAGACAGCCCAUUCUUCUGGAACUCUGGCUUCAUCGCAGCAAUUGCAAGUCAUAGUCACUGCAGAAGAAGUUGGAGCGAAGGAUAGAUCUCCUUAUGAUUCUUACUCCUAUAAUGAUAUCCCCUCCUCGUCAUUGCCGCAUAUUGUAAGGUUAAGGACUGGAAAUGUAGUUUUCAACUACAGGUACUAUAACAAUAAGUUGCAAAGGACUGAAGUUACUGAAGACUUCUCCUGUCCUUUUUGCUUGGUCAAAUGUGCUAGCUUUAAGGGCUUGAGGUAUCAUUUAUCCACAUCGCACGAUCUCUUCAACUUUGAAUUCUGGGUGACUGAAGAAUAUCAAGCUGUAAAUGUGUCAGUGAAGACAGACAUUUGGAGAUCCGAGAUUGUUGCAGAUGGUGUUGAUCCCAAGCAGCAAACGUUUUUCUUUUGUUCAAAGCCAUUGAGACGCCGAAAAAGAAAGAGCCUAGUUCAAAAUGCGAAGCAUGUACAUCCGCUUGUCUUGGAUUCAAGCUUACCUGCAUCUUUUGACGAACUUCUUGAUAAGACUGAUGAAGGUGUUGCAGAAUUUGUAGAACAUGAUGCAUCUAGUCCAAAUAUCCCAGGGUUAUCCUCAGCUGGAAAUUCAUAUGCAGAUCCUGAAUGUCUUCCUUCAGUGCCUGGAAGUAACAUUGCACCUCCAACUGUGCUGCAAUUUGCAAAAACAAGGAAGUUAUCAGUUGAACGCUCGGAUCCCAGGAACCGUUUGCUGUUGCAGAAGAGGCAGUUCUUUCAUUCACACAGAGCUCAGCCAAUGGCAUUGGAGCAAGUCUUAUCUGAUCGGGACAGUGAGGAUGAAGUUGAUGAUGAUGUAGCAGAUUUGGAAGAUCGAAGGAUGCUAGAUGACUUUGUGGAUGUUACGAAAGAUGAAAAGCAAAUGAUGCAUCUCUGGAACUCUUUUGUUCGAAAACAAAGGGUGCUGGCAGAUGGUCAUGUUCCCUGGGCUUGUGAGGCGUUUUCAAGGUUGCAUGCACAGAAUCUUGUCCAGGCACCUGCAUUGCUUUGGUGUUGGAGACUGUUCAUGAUAAAGUUAUGGAACCAUGGUCUGCUUGAUGCGCGUACUAUGAACAAUUGUAAUAUAAUUCUUGAACAAUGCCAAAACAAAGACAAUGACCCUAUGACAAGCAGUAAAGGUGGUGAUUAGUUUUUCAUCACUGGGCGUGAUGAGUUGUUCUCUACUGGAAGAUCCAUGGAAUGAUGUGAGCUGGUUCGAGAGGUGAAAGCGAUUGUUGCCCAUUGUAAACGUCCAUGGAUGUAGAUCUUGCCAACGUAACAUAUACAUUCAUCUGGCUCUCUAUACAUCCCCCCUUCUCUCUACACCUUUUUAUUCUUUUGGCAACUCUAGGAGGCUUCAUUACCUUUUUCUGAAAUCAGCAGUGUAAAACAGUUUUGGACCCAAGUUUAUUGGUGAACAUUAAGAACUUAUUCAUGUGUCAAUUCUUCAAGUUAAGAGGACAAGCUCUUCUUUUUCAA